GGUAGAGUUCUGGCUAAGCGUUCUUAAAUUAAAUGGUUCGCUGGACUUUUAAUAGGCAUUAAAUUCGAUAUAAUGAAAUUGCUGGAAAUAUUCUGUUUAAUACUGUUAAUUUUUUUACGAAUAAUAGCCAGAAAUGAAGGUCGUACACUUAGUCCAAAAUCUGAUAUUACCACUAAAUUCACAGAGGUAAUAAGUGAAAGUGGUCAAAUAAACGAAGAUAAAUUUCCACAGAAAGAAAGUAAUAUCACGCAAGACGACGAAAAUCGGCGCUUAAAAUCUUUAAUGGAAGAGCUUCUAUUGAAAAGGGGAAAUGACACUAUAGUGCAGCAACUACUUCCACCAAAUUAUAACGAAAGAAAAUUUGUCACAGAUGGCGAAAACACAGCUACUAGAUUGAUGGGAGACUAUACAAAUCUAAGCAAUACAACCAAUGAAGGUAAUAGAAAUGCACAACCCGAAGAGCUUUCAACAAAUGCAGCCCCUGAACGAUGGCUGAACCGAAUGGAGACUAUGGACACUGCUGUUGAACUUAGUACAAAUGAGACAAGCUUUGAUGAUCGCAAUCUUACCCUAAAUAUCCGCGAUAACAACUUGAAUUCCACUCACAACGGUAGCAACCACACCACACACAAUUCACCGGAUGUUUCAGAGCGUCAUGCCACAAUAUCGCUUCAUAUUUAUAGUACCAGAGAAGAGGAUGGCUCUGACGAUCAUCCCAUAGAUCAUCUGAGCGUGGACGCAAAACAUAUUGGCAGCAAUGAAACUCUGAAACAACAGUUAGACUUUUUACAAAAGAAUGCGGAAAAUAUAAAAAUGCAACAACAUAUAGUUGGUGACAAUGGUGUGUACAUUGUGGAAAGAGGUGACUCUACUGAUGAAGCUCAAACUGGAAAAGUUGAUAUCCAAAUUAGUAAUACAAGCAGUUAUCAUGUACACUUACGAACCAGUGUUGCCACAAGUUUCAAUAAAAAUGGUAUUCAGGUUUCAUCAACAUAUGUGUCACCGGAAUUACCAAUGCCUCUGGUGCAACCAACUGAGACAAAUGGAGAACCAGUUAUUUCUUAUGUAGUUCCAAAUCUCAACAGCGGCGCCAACACUGUCUCAAAGGCUCCUGGUAAUACCAACAAAGGAGAUCAACAAACAGUUUCUUUAAAGCAUGAAGUUAUUGCUGAACUGAACAGUCCACAUUCUUAUGCAACUCAAUCAGUUUAUUCGCCUAGUCACACCCCUGCUGUGUUGUAUAUUUCAUCGUUAGUAAGUGAAAGUCAAGAAUAUGUAAUCCAUUCCGUUACCGAAAACCAUCCGUCUAACCAUAAUAGUGGAGCAAAUUACUACACGCUGUCAUAUGAGACGUCGGAACUUCCCAAACCACAAACAAAACCUUUUAAGCAGAACCAGCCCCAAACUUCACCCAUCGAGUCCAACCUCAGCUCUACGGAGCCGAUUAUGUCAGAAAACAAAAACAAUUCCACAAGAUUUGCUUCAAAUGAAAAUGUGCCGCAAUCAAGUGAACUUAAAUAUAAUUUAGUAUAUAAAGACCCACAGAAGGCUAACGAUAUUUUCUUAUUUGAGCCAUCAGAGCCAAUAUCUUACCUGAGCGCAUCAUCAAAUACUUUCAACAUAGCAAAUAUAGACGACGCGUUUGAACGUCUUACUGAAAUAUUUGAACAGUAUUCUGUACCUAUUUCUAGCGUGGUAAAACAACUGUCGGAUGGUUACGAAUCAACGCAAGAAAACGCGAUUUCUCCGACGAGAUCGCACGAAUCUGAAAAGGUACCAAAUACCCAGGCUCUAACAAAGAAACACGAAAGACCCGAUACAAGAGUUGAUGGCAUUACAUAUGAUGGACCCGAUUCUGUAGAGCUUGGUUACGGUGCGGGCUAUACGAUAUUGCAGAGUCAGCUGAAUUUCUUGAAUUUCAAUCAAACGAACGAGGUAGAGAGUGAUGAGAAUAGUUCGCACGAAACUAUUUCCGAAGAAACGGUUAAAAGUGAGGAAGAGUGCAAUGUAAUGUGUACAGAGGAAUCUGAAGUGGAAGUACCACAGCCAUUUAAUCAACUCAAGCAACCAACAACAACUUAUCAAUCGGUUGAAUCUGGCGAAAGUAAUGAAAGUGAGUUGCAGCUAAAUGACCCUUCAGCAACAGAGUACAAUAAUGUAAAUGCUGAAACCACAAACCUCGCAGAGACAACAGAAACCAAACUUUCAACAACAAAAGUAAUGACAUUAUUUGAUGGAGCCACAGAGCAGUUCGCAACCUAUCCGAUUGCAGCAAUUGCAAAUGAGCCAGCAAACAAUUUAGAGCAUCUGGAAGUGGCAAUUGAAAACGAUGUAAGAAAGGAAAUUGAAAAUAUUGACAAAACCAAUGAAACGCAAGUGGCAACUACACACCAACAGCAACAACAACACCAGCACUUCGCAGCUGACACAGAGUUGCUUGCGGAGAACACAAAUGACAAGUCGACUUGGGCGACUGCUGGAUUACAACACAUCAGCCAAACGCUUCUGCCACAGCCGGACACUACGACAAACGUGACGAAUGCGAAGGGGGAACGUAUGAGGGUGCCAAAACCGGAAGUGAUGUGCAGCAAAACGGAGAUAAUUAAAAGUGAGCAAUACAGCAAAACAAAUGAAAAUGGCAACGAAACUGAAAAUGAGAAUGAGAAUGAAAAUGAAGCGCCAGAAACGACAGCUGGAGGACGUGUGUUGCUUGGACGAUCCUUGAGUUAUACGAUAAGCUGUCACAUCCGCAAACCCGAGCAGGCCGCUGCAAGCGUACCAGCCGUGCAAGCAGCAAAUAUUACUGAUGAAAUUGACAAUAACCGGGAGAAAAUAAUAAAAAAUCAUGAACAGUUGACAAUUACAAGUGCCGAUGACAGCAGAAAUGGACUGCCGUUGAGACACCGGGGAACCGAGCAGCAAGUGGAAGCUGAGCUCAUAGAGCGGCGCACUGAAAUGGACAGUAGUGGAAACAAAGCGAGCGAUGGCAACGCUGAUGAAGGUGUAGGCACCGCUGACAUUGAUGUUGGUGGAUAUUAUGACGCUGGCAAUGAUAGUGGCGACAGUGCGGAGGGUGGGACGGAGAGCGAUGAAAAUUACUACACGGAUAUUGAUGGGAAUGUGCAUGAAAUUGAUGGUGAUGGCGCAGUUGAAGCCGAUGCUGAUGGUGAUGUUGAUGUUUAUGGCUAUGUGAGCAGCGCUGCAUGUUGCUAA